CCGGACCCCCGCCGGAGCCCCCGCCGGACCCCGGCCAUGGACGAGGAAAGCCCGCUGGAACUGCCCGCCCCCGCCGGGACCCCGCUGUGGAAGAGGCGAUCCAGCCCCCUGCCAGUCCUGCCGGCCCUGCCAGCCCUGCCAGCCCCGCCCGCCCGGACCAAAGCGCGGCCGAGGUCCUGCCAGAGCCCAGGAGGCGACCUCGUCACCCCCGGAUCCCCUCCCCUGCAGCCCCCGGCCCGGAUAGGGGGCAGCCCCCCGCCCUGGCACUGCCCCGGGAGGUCUCUGCCCAACGGGGGCCCGGCUGGGGUCUGCGGGGUCCAGAGGGUCGGGGGUCCGGGCCGGGAGCCGGCAAACCCACUGCUGGCCCCCAGCCCCCCAGCCCCAAGGGCGCCCGCCGGCUUUAUUCCCACUCCCGCGGCCUCCCCCACCCGCCUGACACCCCCGCAGCCGGGUUGGACAGCCCAAGACCCAGAGGGGGGGUCCCCGGCGCCCUCGUCCCCUUCCCCCGGAUCCAGGCCGCCCCUCCAGUCCGGCCGGCCGGCCCAAGGCCCACAGAGGGGGUCCCCGGCGCUCUCGUCCCCUCCCCUGGGACCCAGCCCGCCUCUCCGGCCUGGUCGGACAGCCCAAAGCCCAGAGAGGGGAUCUCCUGCACUGUCAUCACCUCCCCUGGGACCCAGGCCGCCCCUCCGGCCCGGCCGGACAGCCCAAGAGCCAGAGAGGGGGGCCCCGGCACUGUCAUCCCCUCUUCCGGGAUCCGGGCGGUCCCCCCAGCCUGGCCAGACGGCCCGAUACCCAGACAGGAGGUCUCCGGUGCCCUCAUCCUCUCCCCCACGUCCCCGGCCAUCAUCCCAGCCUGGCCGGACAACCCAAGCCCCAGAGAGGGGGUCUCCGGUGCCCUCCUCCCCUCCCCCGGGUCCCAGGCCGCCAUCCCGGGCCGGGCAGCCAACCCAAGGCCCAGAGAGGGGGUCCCCGGCGCUCGCGUCCCCUCCCCCGGGACCCAGGCCGCCCCUCCAGCGGCUGCCUCCCAGCCCCCUUCAAGGCCCCGAAAAGCCCGUGGUCAUCUUAAGCACCAACAGCCCCGCCGCCCUCAAAGUGGGCAAGCAGCAGAUCAUCCCCAGGGGCCUCGCCUCCGAGAUCAAACUGACCGGCAAAGCCACCGGCCCGAGCCUCGAGCCCCACAAGAGGGUCCUCAAGGUCCGCAGCUUGGUGGACAGCGUCCCCGCGCCUGAUGGGGACAGAGAGGUGGAAGAGGAGGUGGACAGCCCCGGCUCCCUGAGGAGAGGGUUGCGCUCCACUUCCUACCGCAGGGCCGUCGUCAGCGGCUUGGAUUUUGACAGCCCCACGAAUUCCAAGAAGAAAAACCGCAUGUCCCAGCCCAUCCUCAAAGCUGUCGUGGAGGACAGGGAGAAGUUUUCUAGCUUGGGGAGGAUAAAGAAGAAGAUCUUGAAAGGACAAGGGACAUUCGAUGGGGAAGAAAAUGCUGUACUGUAUCAGAACUAUAAAGAAAAAGCUCUAGACAUCGACUCUGAUGAAGAUUCCGAACCCAAAGAACAAAAAUCAAAUGAAAAGAUAAUCAUUCACUAUAAGCCUUUGAGAUCAACAUGGAGCCAGCUCUCAGUGGUGAAAAGGAAUGGUUUAUCUCAAACAAUUAGCCAAGAAGAAAGAAAGAGACAAGAGGCUAUGUUUGAAGUAAUAUCUUCAGAACAUUCAUAUUUACUCAGCUUGGAAAUCCUCAUACGGAUGUUCAAAAAUUCGAAGGAACUGAGUGACACAAUGACCAAAACUGAGAGCCACCACCUCUUCUCCAACAUUGCUGAUGUUUGCGAGGCCAGCCAAAAAUUCUUUAAGGAGCUGGAAGAAAGGCAUCAGAACAAUAUCCUCAUAGAUGACAUAAGUGAUAUUGUGGAAAAACAUACAUCAUCGACAUUUGAUCCCUAUGUGAAGUAUUGCACAAAUGAAGUCUAUCAACAAAGAACUCUCCAGAAAUUAAUAGCUACUAAUCCAUCCUUUAAAGAAGUGUUAUCGCGAAUCGAAUCUCAGGAAGAAUGCGGGAACCUGCCCAUGAUCUCUUUCCUCAUACUCCCCAUGCAAAGGGUUACACGUCUACCGUUGCUGAUGGAUACCAUCUGUCAGAAAACACCUAAAGACUCACCUCAGUAUGAAGUCUGCAAAAGGGCCUUAAAGGAAGUUAGCAAGUUGGUCCGUCUGUGCAAUGAAGGAGCACGGAAGAUGGAGAGAACUGAAAUGAUGUACACAAUUAAUUCUCAGCUGGAAUUUAAAAUCAAGCCAUUUCCCUUGGUCUCCUCCUCCCGGUGGUUAGUGAAGAGAGGGGAAUUGACUGCCUACGUAGAAGACACCGUGCUUUUCUCAAGAAGGACAUCUAAGCAGCAGGUCUACUUCUUCCUCUUCAAUGAUGUUCUCAUCAUCACAAAGAAGAAGAGCUUCCGUUCCAGAACCAGCCUCGACAGGAUGACCAAGCCCUACAGCGAAGAAAGUUACAACGUCACCGACUAUUCCCUACGGGACCAGCUGGUAGUGGAGCAGUACGAAGUAGAGGAGCCCAGUUCCUCCCCGGUGAAGAACAGCACGCCCAUCCUGUAUUCCCGCCAGAAUCCCGCCGGCCACCUCUUCACCCUGACCGUCCUCAGCAACCACGCCAACGAGAGGACGGAACUGCUGCUGGGGACUGAGACUCAGAAUGAACGUGCCCGCUGGAUAACUGCCCUGGGACACAGCAGUGACAGACAGGACACAGACCGGACAACGCUGACUCAGGUGGAAAUCAUCAGAACAUACACCGCCAAACAGCCAGACGAGCUGUCUCUCCAGAUGGCUGACGUGGUGCUCGUUUAUCAGCGAGUAAGCGACGGCUGGUAUGAAGGGGAGCGGCUGCGAGAUGGAGAGCGGGGCUGGUUUCCCACGGAAUGCGCCAAGGAGAUCACCUGCCGCGCCACCAUAGACAAGAACAUGGAGCGGAUGGGACGUUUGCUCGGACUCGAAACCAACGUGUAGCCCCCCCCGGGCUCUCCUCUCUUCGCGCCCCAACCUCGCCAGCGAGACCUACCCUGCAGCCCAGUGCCGGGCUGGGUCGGUUUGCGGCCGGGACCGAUUUUCGGCUUUCUAAAAUUGGGCCUAUUUUAUUGAACGACAAUAAAACAGGAAGUCCGUUUUCUGUAAA